UUUAUUAUUCCCUUAUAGAAAUUGUGUGUACGAAGGUAUAUUCUGGGUUUCGAUAAUCGAUGCUCUUUGGUCACAAAAAUCAUCAUCUAUAACUCUUCUCAUCUUAACUUCAAACUUCAUAUUCUUUGGACAAGUUUUGAGUUUUUUCUCAACAGGGUAAAGAGAUUUCACUGUGGCUUGUGAACGGUGCUGAGCAUUGUCAAUAGUUUUUCGGUAAAUGAUAUUGUGAUCAAGAUGUGGCGAUGAUGGUGUUGGUGGUAGGUUAGCAGACAACUAUUUCCACUUGUAUCUGGGUAUCUCUAGUUGAAGUUUUGAUUACUAUAUCACAUUAGCAUGGAUUAGUGAGUAUCAACUGAAUGACUCAAUGGCCAGAGUUAUUUAUUUUCGUUAGGUGUUCAAGUGUAUUUUGGAGAGUGAAUUAGCUUUAGAGAGUCUGGCUCUUGAAAUUACCAAUAACAGGUUAACAUAAUACAACUGCUGAGCGAUUGGAGUCAACUUAAAGACGAUAAAAUUUUGUGAAAAAUAACAUAUUUGGAGUGUAUAUUUUGUAAUAAUGGAAGUAGCUAGUUGUCCACAUGCACAGAAGCAGAAUUUGCAGAAAACAGGUCGCAAAGUUUGUUCUGGAUCUCCAAAAGAUCUGUGGCUUGUUGUGCGUGAAGGAUCUCUGAAUGACGUAGAGUCGGCAUUGUCAUCACUAAAAAAGAGUGGGGGCAAUAUCAAUGUGAGGAACACCUACGGGCUGACUCCUCUUCAUGUUGCAGCUUGGAGAAACCACAUUCCCAUUGUAAGGAGGCUUCUUGCGGCUGGUGCAGAUCCUGAUGCCCGAGAUGGAGAAUCAGGAUGGAGUAGCCUUCACAGGGCCCUGCAUUUUGGUCAUCUUGCUAUUGCAAGCAUCCUUCUUCAGCAUGGUGCCUCAAUUACAUUGGAGGAUUCUAAAUCUCGUAUACCUGUAGAUCUUAUAUCUGGCAAUGUGUUUCAGGUUUUUGGAAAUGAACACAGUUCAGUUGCCACUGAGCUAUUUAGUUGGGGCAGUGGUGCAAAUUAUCAGCUUGGUACUGGAAAUGCGCAUAUCCAGAAGCUGCCAUGCAAAGUUGAUUCACUUAAUGGUUCAAUCAUUAAGCUGAUUUCUGCGGCAAAGUUCCAUAGUGUGGCCCUUACUGAUCGUGGAGAAGUGUAUACUUGGGGAUUCGGAAGGGGGGGCCGUCUAGGGCAUCCUGAUUUUGACAUACACAGUGGUCAAGCUGCCGUCAUCACUCCCCGCCAGGUGAUUUCUGGUCUAGGUUCUCGCAGAGUGAUGGCAAUUGCUGCAGCUAAGCAUCAUACCGUUGUUGCUACUCAGGGUGGGGAAGUGUUCACUUGGGGAUCCAAUAGAGAAGGACAGCUUGGGUACACUUCUGUGGAUACACAACCCACACCUCGUAGAGUAUCUACUUUGAGGUCAAGAAUUGUUGCCGUUGCUGCAGCAAACAAGCACACAGCUGUAAUUUCUGAUUUAGGUGAAGUUUUUACUUGGGGGUGCAAUAGAGAGGGUCAGCUUGGUUAUGGCACCUCAAACUCGGCAUCUAACUACACCCCACAUGUGGUUGAAUCCUUGAAAGGAAAGAUUUUAACUAGAGUUUCUGCAGCAAAAUAUCACACAAUUGUAUUAGGAUCUGACGGAGAGGUAUUUACCUGGGGUCAUCGACUUGUUACUCCAAAACGUGUAGUGAUUACUAGGAACUUAAAGAAAAGUGGAAGCAUUCCUUUAAAAUUUCAUCGCAAGGAACGACUUCACGUAGUUUCUAUAGCUGCUGGAAUGGCACACAGCAUGGCUCUUACAGAAGAUGGUGCACUAUUUUAUUGGAUCUCCUCUGAUCCUGAUCUUAGAUGCCAACAGUUAUAUGCUAUGUGUGGAAGAAAUAUGGUGAACAUAUCUGCUGGAAAGUACUGGACUGCUGCAGUUACAGCUACAGGUGAUGUUUACAUGUGGGACGGGAAGAAAGGUAAGGAUAAGCCGUUUGUUGCAACUCGGAUGCAUGGUGUAAAGAAGGCUACUUCAGUUUCAGUUGGUGAAACACAUUUGUUAAUUGUGGCUUCCCUCUAUCAUCCUGUCUACCCUAUCAACACGAUUGAUAAUUCUCAGAAACUCAAGUCGAAUAACGGAAGUAGUAUGGACGAGUUAAGUGAAGACAUCUUAUUUGAGGAUAUUGAUUCCCAUAAUUCCUUGGAUACAGUUCAAAAUGAUAAUCUUAGUCAAAGGUCUACACCCAGCUUAAAAAGUCUCUGUGAAAAAGUAGCAGCAGAGUCUCUACUGGAGCCACGGAAUGCAAUACAAUUGCUUGAGAUUGCUGAUUCUCUUGGAGCUGAUGAUUUGAAGAAAUACUGUGAGGACAUUGUCAUGCGCAACCUUGAUUAUAUAUUUUCAGUUUCAACCCAUGCUGUAUCAAGUGCUUCACUAGAUAUUUUGGCAAACCUUGAGAGGUUGUUAGACCAGAGAUCAUCCGAGCCGUGGAGUUACCGUCGGCUCCCAACUCCAACUGCUACACUCCCUGUCAUCAUUGACAGUGAAGAGGAUGAUUACGAGAUAGAGUGUCAAAGGACUAGUGACAAACCAAUGAAAAUGUCUGCACUGAAAUUGGAGAAAGUUCAAAGGUCAGAUUCCUUUCUACAGCCCAAGGAUGAUCCGGAUAGUGAAAUGUCGAAAGUAGUUCGAGCUAUAAGGAAGAAGUUGCAGCAGAUUGAGAUGCUUGAAACUAAACAGUCUAAAGGACAUCUUCUCGAUGACCAGCAGAUUGCAAAACUUCAAUCCAAGUCAGCACUUGAGAGCUCACUUGCAGAGCUAGGUAUUCCGGUAGAGACCCCAAGGAAUAAAGAGUCAUCUUCUAUUCUACCAGAAGGGAAAGGUAGUAAGAAAGGUAAAUCAUCGAAAAAACAAAGGAGAAAGAGCACCAAUAAAUCAAACACAGAGCAGACGGAAAUAGAGUCUGUUUAUUCUAAAAGUGAAGUGGUCCCCGAAUCUGAAGACCUAUUGGACAUUGACAUCAAGACUGCUCCUAAUUCAAAGGUGGAAGAGGAUAUCUGCAAACAUUCCACGGAAGACCAGGGUGAAAAAGAUUUAGGUUUUGUUGUUCAAAAGAAAGAUACUUCAGAGUUGGUGAAGGGUACGGGUCAGUCCCCAAAGGUUUCCAAGAAGAAGAACAAGAAGGGUGGGCUUUCUAUGUUUCUGAGUGGUGCUCUUGAUGAAGUCCCAAAAGAGGUGGCUCCCCCUCCUCCACCGACACCAAAAAAUGAAGGUCCUGCUUGGGGUGGGGCCAAGUUUUUGAAGGGUCCUUCUACUCUUCGUGAAAUCCAGGAUCAACAGAGCAAAAUAGUAAAAGGUAACAAGCUAGCUGAGGUUAAAGUCAAGGUGGAAGAUCUUUCUGACUUUGGCAGUGGUGGGAAAAUAAAGUUGAGUUCAUUUCUUCUUUCUAGCCCAAUACCUGUUGCGCCAACUAGAAAUUCUCAGGCAUCUGAUGGAGAUAAAAAUACCCCUCCUUGGGCUGCUUCAGUAACCCCUCCUCAAUCCUCCUCUAGGCUGUCUUUAAGGGACAUCCAAAUGCAACAGGUAAAGAAACAAGGCCUUUCCAGUAGUCCAAAAACUAAAACUUCGGGAUUCACUAUAGCUACUGGUCAAGGCUCACCAUCUGAAGCAACUGGGGUGAACCGCUGGUUCAAACCCGAAGUGGAAUCACCAUCCUCCAUUAGGUCUAUUCAAAUCGAGGAAAAAGCUAUGAAAGAUCUCAAACGCUUCUAUAGCAGUGUAAAGAUUGUCAAAAGACAACCAUGUUAAGGCUCUUUCCAGUGAUUAUAGUCUACCCUGUGCUCUACCCUUCGCUUGCUCCAACCCAAUGGCUGUAAAUUAGUCUGUAGAAGAUAUAGUUUUAGUAUGUACAUUCUUCUCUCUUAGCAUGGUCUUCCAUUGUCAGUCUUUACUUCUAGAAUUGUAUCAUAUGAUCAUGAUUUUACAUUUACUCAUUCUCAAUGGUGUCUCAAGUUGGAGACUGGUCAAUAAUUGGAGUGAGCUAAGUUACAGUCAAGGGUAAACAAGGGGUAGACAUGGUUACAGAUUUUCCUUAUUCAAAUUACUUCCAAAGGCUCAAUAAUGUCAGAAUAAGAGGGUAUACUCAUUUCCAAUAAUAAGGGCUUAGUAUUUUCCCAUACAUAGGGUAUAUUUUGAUUUAUAUCCCAGCUAGAACCGUGACCCUUCUGUAGUUCCCUAAAGUUGUUCCAUUUAUUUGAGGAAUUUUAAGACUUUAGAGUGAUCACAAUUGUUCAAAUACUUAUUUAUAAUCUCUAGCAACUUGCAAAACAAGUUCAUUGAUUUAUUUGUUUUAACGAUUUUAUUUUA